CUUUCACAAAUGGACUAACCCUGGAGUUCACGAGAAGUUCACGAGGCCAGGCCAUGACGGCCCGCUGAUGAUGAGGUUUACCGUUUACUGUACCUGAACAUGUAAAGAUGAAAUACGCCAAGUUUCUAAACGCUGUGGCUAUGGCCAGGGCAGCAUCGCCUCUCCGUGGAUUGGUUGAGAUCCAGCAGAGGGCGUCUCCAGGAUCGCUGAUUGCCCUGUCGACAGGCAUGCCCAACACCUCCUGCUUCCCACUGUCUUCUGCUCACCUAUACACCAGGAAGGGGAAGAAACUUGACCUGUCCCCACUCUGGAUGAACCAGGGCCUGCAGUACACCAUGUCACAGGGGCAUCCAGAGAUGGUAGAAUGGGGGAAGCAGCUUCAGAGGAGAAAACACAACCCCCCGACCGACUAUCUGAAUCAUGAGGGAAAGAUGGACUUGUGUGUGACAGCAGGGAGUCAGGAGGCCAUAUGCAAGACUAUGGAGAUGCUGGUGACUCAAGGUGACAACAUCCUGAUCGAAACCCCAACAUAUCCCGGACUACUGUCUAUUGCAAAGCCAAUGGGAUGUAAUAUGCUCGAGGUGGAGACAGACGAGCAUGGGCCGAAGAUAAGUUCGCUGCGCAGCAUCCUGUCCAAUUGGAACCCUACGGACAGUGCAGACGUGUGGUCAGACAUACCCCGAGUCUUCUACACGGUCUCGUCAGGAUCUAACCCCACGGGCGUCACCACCUCUCUCGAACGGAAACAGCAAGUGUAUCAGGUAGCCCGAGAGUAUGACUUUCUCAUCCUGGAGGAUGACCCGUACUACUACAUCCAGUUCACAAAGACUCCUGUGCCCAGCUACCUUUCUAUGGAUGUUGAUGGCCGAGUCAUCAGAUUUGACUCUUUCUCCAAGAUUUUAUCUGCUGGGAUGCGUAUUGGCUUCGCAACAGGUCCGCAGCCCCUGAUUGAGAAGCUGGUGUACCACAUGCAGGUGUGCACUCAGCAUGCCAACACACUGUCACAGAUGAUCUGCCUGCUGAUUUUGCAGGAUUGGGGACAGGAGGGUUUUGAUGCUCACAUGGAGAGUGUCACAGAAUUCUACCGUAAGCGGAGAGACAUCAUUGUGGAGUCCUGUGACACUUGGUUAAAAGACUAUGCAGAGUGGACCGUCCCAGACAGUGGUAUGUUCCUGUGGAUGAAGCUGCUGGGAAUCCCAGAUACUGGUGACCUGGUCAUGCAGAAAGCUCUGGAUGCAGGUGUGCUGUUUGCUCCUGGCAAUGCAUUUCACGCCAAUGAUGCAACACCCAGCCCCUACCUACGGGCAUCGUAUUCACAGGCUCCUGAAGAGGACAUUGAUAAGGGUAUCCAGAGACUGGCUGCUCUGUUGAAGAAGGAGCUCAAACAGACUGCAUCUGGGUGAUCAUCUCACACAUCUGAACUGCAAACUUGGUCAGGCUGAUGUCAGAAGGGCACACAGCAGAAUUGUUGUUUGUAUUAAACAGUGACAUGAGCAUCUCCUUUAAGUUUUGUUAACUUCUAUACAUUUGCAUAGAGUGAUAGUGUUAUUGAUAAUAUGAACGCACCCUACAAUUGAAGCUGCUAAAGAAGAAGCAAAGAUGUAAAAAAAAAACUUGACAAGCUUUCAGAGUAUCUAUUAAACCAACCAGUACAUAAUUAUAUAUACUAGUAUUGAGGGUGGUCUUAUCCUCUUGUUAGUCAACAUCUUUCUUAGUUAGGGAUGACUGGUGCAAAAGAUGUGGGUUAUUGGACGAAAGAUUAGUCCGCUAUCAAUCAGAGUCAAUAUAUGAUUUAUAAACAGCCAAAGUAUCAAAUCUCUUACUGACAAAGAAUGGGAAACAUUUAGAAGAAAAAAAUGACAAUGAGAACCAUUGUGGUGACUUGGAAUGGACUCCAGGACAUGUACCUUCUUUCUGCUUAGAUUUAGAAAAGAACAUUUUCAAUCCUCAUAAAGCUAUGCGAGUGGAACCCAACUUAUUAUCUAGUAAUAGUAUAGAUGGAGAGUUUGGUAGAGAUCAAAACAGUAUUUGGUAUAGAAUAGGUAGUACUCAGGUGCAACUAGUUGUUUGAUGUAUAUUAUAUUAUUAUAUCACAUAUUGUGAAGGUGGAAAAUAACAGCUGACAAGCAGUUUGCUAUACGUUAACCCUUCCAGUGAUUAUAUCAUAGAGCUGGAAAAAGAAAAUCUAUCAUUUGUCGAUAGACAUCUAUCAUUUGUUGAUAGACAUGUUGUGUUAAAAUGUCAUACAUGAUAAAGUUGAAUGAUUCUUUACGGUUUCAUAAGGAAGCAAUGUACUUGUUGGCAAGCACAUGUUUAAAAAUGUCUAUGACCAACAUGAACAUGACAUUUUAUUUUUUUAUUGGUGAAAUAGCAAUUUAAAAUUGAUGUAUCUAGUUCUACAAAUGACUGAAUUAUUGCAGCUUCAUUUUUGUAAGUGGUGUGGCUAUUGUAUAGAAAAUUUCAGAUUACAAGCUACAUGUAUCAUGCUGGUAAAUUGGAGACAACAUUUGCAGCAAAGUGGGGAAGUGCUUUAUGGUAAACUUAAAGCGGAUAAUUGAAUAAAAUAAAAGAGGUGUUGAAAAAGA